GGCCGUGCUCGACUCCGUCACCGGUUUCGCCCGCGUCCUCGUCACUCCCCACAAGUAGCCAAGUGUCCAAGAUAAUUAUCUCUGUCUAUAUAUAUGCCGCGGCCUGCAGCUGCAAACCACAUCAAACCAAGCCAAGAAGCCAACGACCUUCUCUGAUCAGUGUUAGUCACCGCACCGUUUGAUUAGAAUAUAGUAUGGCGGAGACCAAGGUAGCAGCGGCGGCGGCGGGUCCGGUGGAGGAGGGGGGGAGCAAGACGGUGGUGGUGGUCGGCGUGGACGAUAGCGACCACAGCUACAGCGCGCUUGAGUGGGCCGUGAGGUACGUGGCGACGGCCAGCGAGGCAACGGAGCUCGUCGUCGUCCACGCCAAGCAGGGCUCGUCAUCCGUCUUCACCAUGGGCGGCGCCGCCGUUGCCGGAGACGUGUCGGGGUACGUGGAGGAGGACCUGCGCAAGAAGGCCGAUGAAGUCGUCGAGAAGGCGCGCAGCCUCUGCGUCGCCAACUCGGUGGAGGGUGUUGUGGAGGUGAUGGAUGGGCAGCCGGGGAACGUCAUCUGCAACGCGGUCGAGAAGCACGGCGCUGAUAUCCUUGUCGUCGGCAGCCAGGGCUACGGCGCCAUCAGGAGGGCAUUUCUUGGGAGCGUGAGCGACUACUGCGCCCACAACGCGAACUGCUCGGUGAUGAUAGUGAAGCAGCCCAAGAUCAAGAAAUGAUCGCCAUUUGGGACCGGUGUGGGAGAUCGUGUCCGAUUCCAGUAUGGACAUUGUGCCGUUUGCGUGCCAGCGCACUGUAUCCCUACUUAAUUACUACGUACUUCAUCCGUCCUCAAAUAAGUGGACAUCUAGUCUCAAACUUUGUCCAU